CACCACUUGUGUGAUCACUAAGAGUUUUUAGCAGUGUGAUGGGUUGGGCUUGUCUCCCUGCUCACAGACAGACAUCAGAUUUCAGCAUCAGGCUCCUCCGAUUAUGAUGCCCAGGUCUUUCGCUAACAAACAGCUGUUUCCUUGAUACCAGUCUCUGAUUCAAUCACCCAAGAAAUAUGAGCGCCGCCAAGAAAACCCUGUGGAAUGCCACGCCCUCAACUGGAAUAAGUACCCUUGAAUAUAGUGAUUAUUAUGAUUAUGAAAAUGACAGUUUAAUAUUUUUGGAAGAUGACGAUUUAGAGCGCUUUGGAGGGGUCUUUUCUGGGGUCUUCUACUGCCUGAUAUUCACCUUUAGCCUGGCUGGGAAUAGUCUCCUCUUCUGCACACUGCUGAAGUUCGAGAACCUGCAAAGAGCGCCCAAUAUGUUCCUGAUGAACCUGACGGUGUCCGACCUGAUCUUCACUCUCCCCCUCCCCUUCUGGGCUGUGUACCAGCUGCACGACUGGGUGUUUGGGGAAGUGGCCUGCAAGAUCUUCAGCAUGCUCUUUUUCAUCGGCUUUUACAGCUAUAUGACCUUUCUGGUCAUAAUGGCCGUCGACCGGUACACGGCGGUCGUGCGCGAUGUGAUGUCCUGGAAGGUGCGGCAGCGACGUAAGCUCCAUGCGGUAUGCAUCGGCGCCUGGAUCUUCUGUAUCACCGCCAGCCUCCCGGAGGUGCUGCUCUCCGAGACGAAACUGGGCCCGAACGGCACACUGUGCGAGUCAGUGGAAUAUCAUCACUCGCUGAGGCUGUUCAUGUACUACCUGCACAUAGUCGUGUUCUUCCUCGUCCCCUUCGCCGUCAUUCUUUACUGCUACGUGAGAAUCUGGACACGCAUCUGGAAGUGCAAGGCAAAGAAAAAACAACAAGCUAUAAAACUCAUACUUGGCAUCAUAAUAGGAUUUUUUAUAUGCUGGGCUCCCUACAAUAUUGUUCUCUUCAUCCAAUCCCUGUACUUGCAACAUGGUGCUGAGCAAGCGAACAUAAGCCUUAAUUACGCCUACUAUGUUUGCCACUGUCUGGCCUACAGCCACUGCUGUCUUAACCCAUUCCUCCACAUCUUUGGCAGUGAGAAGUUCAGGGGACAGGUUUACCUGAUAUGUGACUCUAAGCAUCACCCGCAGUCGAAUCAAAGUUUCACCUCACAGAAUGCAAGUAUAAGAACGUCUGUGUCCAGACAGACAUACGUGUGAUAGCAUGGAAAGGCUACUUACUCUCUCAGCCAAUCAGCUCAUAGGUUUUUUAUUUACUGUGGAACAUAAGCAUGAGACAAUCAGGCAUAAGAGUGACAGUCUUUUUCUGACUGGCUUACAUUGAGUAGCUGUGUAAAGGUUCUUAUUUUUCUAUGAAAUGUUGUUUUGUAUUAAACCUUUUUGUUGCAUUUGAACAGUGGUUUCUUUACUAUUGGGGAACGUUUGGCACAUCAUGCAGUGUUACUAGAUGCAUGCUCUAUUAUUGACAUAUGAAGCUGGGAUGUAGUGUCUCUCACAGGUGGUUUGAUAGCUUGUAGCUGGGUGCAUGAGAAGAAAAAUAGUGUAGAUGUCCACUGGGGUGAAAAUCUGGGUUCAGGUCCAGGAGGUACAAAUCACAACUAAGGUUUUGUUUCAACCAACCAGUGGAGUACUCUGUGACUGUGACUCUUAAUACUUCCAUAUGCAAGGGGUGGGGGUAUGUUCCUUAUCAGCGCUAUGGGGGUUGGGAUUGAUUUGGUCCUCCGGGUAGGAAACCAAAUAAAUAGACUAGUGCAUUUAAAUUAAGUAGUGCCCCCUUAAAUAUCAGGCUCUCCCAUAUGCAGUUGUCCCUACCAAUACUGAAACCAAACAUAGACCCUUGCGCAGUCGUACUUUAAAUCCUUAGGAAAAGGUCUUGGUUAAUGUCAAGUGAUGCUGGAAAAAGCGUUAAAAAUGGAUUUAUUCUCGCCUUGUGCUGUAACCCCACGGAGCUUUUUUUUGUACUGUAGAUACUGUAGAUCGUCCUGAAAAGUUGUCGCCAUCCUGUAGUCCUGAUUAAAUAAUAAACGAUGAGCGUGAAAAUGGAGACAUUUCUUCCCAUACAGUAGGUUUGCAUAGUGCAAUAAUUUAAAGGUAAAACUGUUCGCAUAAACGAAACUGUCAGCAGCGUGAGGAAACUAAUAUGGAAAAACAAGAAGGAAAUUACGCAAAAAGUCAUACGUGUCUUUAAAUAUGACCUUCCCUUUCUUUCAACUAGUCAUAUGUAAUAGUGAAAUUAGUUUGAGAGAACAUAAGGAGCUUGCAAAAAAUAAAUUUGCCUGCAAUGGGAGUGUGAUUGAACACCCUGAGUACGGAGAAGUGAUUCAGCUCCAGGGAGAGGAGAGGAGAAACAUCUGCCAAUUCCUCGUUGAGGAUGACAGACAAGCAGCCCGAUCACUUAAGUGCACAAAGCUGGGAGUUGUGACAGCUUCUUAUCUUUACGGAUCGGCAUCUCUGAGGGGGAGCAGCUGGAAGAUCAUGGAUACUGAGGUUAUGACAGCAUCCAAGAAGUCAUGAAGAUCCAAGCUUUGGUCACAUCCCAGAGAUGGACUGAGUGCUGUCGAGUUUGUGUAUAAAAACCGAAAAUGAUUUAACAAUCGUACAUGUUGAAUUUAUAUUGGAGGAAACUAAUGUCGUUCAGCAUGAUGGCCGGUCACGUCUUUGUUUUGGGUCACUCUGCUAUUAAGAGGCAAUAAACUUCUUUUCUUGAAUCGA